AUGAUGUCAUUUCCUCACCAACAGUCCACAUUGUGGCAAUACACAGUACGGGAAAUCAGUCGGAUCAAACCGGGUCUCGCUCCUACCGCAUUGACUCUGCUCACCCAGGCUAUAAACGGUCUAGGUCCGACAAUGCCAAUGGGUGAUGUGGCCAACGAACCGUGUACAACAUGUGGUGAGCACUCCGCUCGAGGUGGCUCGGAACCAAUCAGAUUGUGCUCCAAUUGUAAAGAAGUUGGCUACUGUUCUGUCGCAUGUCAACGGCUGCAUUGGUUUACGCAUAAGAAAUACUGUGCGAUUCUGAAAGGGCAACGUUGUGUGCUUUAA